CGAAGGCUUGUCGCGCCUGUGUGUGUUUGCAUUCAUCAUGCUCUGCCACCCUUGCGUGCGACGUACACCAUCCAAAUCGCUCUGAUCGGCCCUUGUCAUCACAUCGGACCUCUUCAAGAAUAUCUGCUUCUACUUCGCGCUCUCUGCCCUCGCCUUUCAAUACUCGGCACCGAAGUGCAAGCCUCGUUGUCCAGCCUUGAUAUCACUAACGAAUUUUCGAAGUGCAAGUCCUCUCUGCGGCGACUAAGCGACGAAUCACCCUCCGAUCAUAGCAGACAGCUCGAGCCUACUCUCGAUUGGUGCUCGCAUCGCAAUCGUGCGUUGCGCAAUCUGACAUCGUCAGAUCUCCCUUCACCAUGCGCGCGACGUUGCGUAAAUGUAUCCGAAUCGAGCCUUUCACCCUCUCAAAUAGCAGCAGCAGCUCAGCCACACCACAAAAGAUCCGCUUGCCAUCGUCUGCGCCUCUUUUGAGGUCGCCUACCGGGGCAGUGGAAGUGGAUAGGAGCGACACUACCUUGGGUGCUCACACUUCCACAGUGGUCAGAGAAGGAUCUGUUGCGCAAGAGUUGUUGAGGAGACAAGCGCUGGAUCCACAGAAUUGGCCCGUCAAUCUGAGGAUCGAACCUCAUGUGCACAGGAAGCAGCUCUAUUGGAAUACCCCGUCCGACAAGCGCAAACAGCUCAUGAAGUUGCUCAAGUCUGCAUGAGCGGCAACACGUGGAAUCGGAUUCAGCAGCGAACAUUACGAGGGGCUAGAAACCAGAAGUUGGAAGCGGAAGUGUUCCUAGGAAGUCGAUUGGACGGUGCUCAAGCUCUUAGAGAGCAGCAACGUCGCGGUGAUUGUCAGCCCCAAGGGAUGCGUUCGUAACGAAUUUGCGGUGGAGUGCCAGUCUCGAGUCCCAGGCGGACCUUGAGCGAUCACGUGUCCGUAUGCUCGCAAGACCGCCAAGCCCUUGUUGCACACAAACGUCUCGAAUCGCAAUGCCAGGUAUGUUACUGUAGCACACGCAAGAGGUGCUCAGAUGGCUCCUUGAAUAGCUCUCGACACAUGGAAUUCUCCGCUAUCAGCAACCUGAGUGCACCCGAAAGACGUGAAUCGCCGAGCGAUUGAAGGGUUGUAUGGAUCAUCUCUUUGCUUGCUUGACACGAAGCUGCGUACUUUGCGCAUCUGAGACCGAAUGGGCAGGCAGAC